AUGCUGCGUUUGCCUGCUGUAAAGCGAACGCUGUUUGGGGUGGCUCAGACCAGCUGCAGUAAUGUGCGGACUGCAGCCACAGCGCCUAACCUAGUGGAAGUGUUUGUUGAUGGGAAACCAGUGAUGGUAGAGCCAGGGACAACUGUAUUACAAGCAUGUGAGAAGGUUGGAGUACAGAUCCCUCGUUUCUGCUACCAUGAACGCCUGUCAGUCGCUGGGAACUGUCGUAUGUGUCUUGUGGAAAUAGAGAAAUCCCCAAAGCCAGUGGCAGCAUGUGCCAUGCCAGUCAUGAAGGGCUGGAACAUUCUAACAGACUCAGAGAAAACCAGAAAAGCUAGGGAGGGGGUGAUGGAGUUUCUGUUAGCUAAUCACCCACUAGACUGCCCGAUCUGUGACCAGGGGGGAGAAUGUGAUCUGCAGGAUCAGUCCAUGAUGUUUGGGAGCGACAGGAGUCGUUUCACGGAGGGGAAAAGAGCUGUUGAGGACAAGAACAUUGGGCCUCUCAUCAAAACCAUCAUGACGCGUUGUAUUCAGUGUACCCGCUGUGUCCGCUUUGCUCAUGAGAUUGCUGGUGUGGAGGACCUGGGCACAACAGGACGGGGCAAUGCCUUGGAGAUUGGCACUUACGUGGAGAAAAUGUUUAUGUCCGAGCUGUCUGGGAACGUGAUUGAUAUAUGUCCAGUAGGAGCACUGACCUCCAAACCCUAUGCCUUCACCUCCCGGCCCUGGGAGACCAGGAAGACAGAAUCUAUCGACGUCUUAGACGCCGUUGGCAGCAACAUUGUUGUGAGCACCCGGGGGGGAGAGGUGAUGAGAAUUCUUCCCCGACUCCACGAGGACGUGAAUGAGGAAUGGAUCUCUGAUAAGACCCGGUUUGCGUAUGACGGGCUAAAGAGACAAAGGCUAACUCAACCCAUGGUGAAGGAUGCGACAGGCCAGCUGGUGGCCGCUUCCUGGGAGGACGCACUGACGCAAGUGGCAGGGGCUCUGCAGGGGUCCGAGGGGAAUGGCAUUGCGGCCAUCGCUGGCGGAUUGGUGGAUGCAGAGUCUCUCAUUGCUCUGAAAGACGUACUGAAUCGCCUGAACAGCGAGAACCUUUGCACCGAAGAGGUCUUCCCCAUGGCAGGAGCAGGAACGGACUUGCGUUCCAACUACCUGCUGAACACAGGAAUCAGCGGUAUGGAGGAGGCUGACCUGCUCCUGCUGGUCGGUACGAACCCGCGCUACGAGGCACCCCUCCUCAACGCCCGAAUCAGGAAGAGCUGGCUUCACAAUGAACUACAGGUGGCGCUAGUGGGUCGAGAGGUGGAUCUAAGCUACUCCUACAACCAUCUCGGCGACUCCACUCAGGUGUUGCAGGACAUUGCAGCCGGAAAACACUCUUUUUGUCAAGCUCUGAGCCAGGCUAAAAGGCCUGUGGUUGUGGUGGGGAGCGCGGCUUUACAGAGAGAAGACGGAGCAGCCAUACACGCAGCAGUGUCCACCAUCGCCCACAACGCUCGGGUCAGCAGCGGAGUGGAUGACGGCUGGAAGGUCCUCAACGUACUCCAUAGGGUUGCCAGUCAAGUGGCUGCCCUGGACUUGGGCUAUAAGCCAGGGGUGGAGGCCAUCAGAAAGAAUCCAACCAAAGUCCUCUAUCUUCUCGGGGCUGACGCCGGCUGUAUCAACAAACAGGAUUUGUCCGAAGACUGCUUCAUUAUCUAUCAGGGGCAUCAUGGGGAUGUGGGGGCUCAGAUGGCUGACGUUGUCCUCCCUGGGGCGGCAUAUACGGAGAAAUGCAGCACUUACGUUAACAUGGAAGGGCGAGCUCAGCAGACCCACGUGGCCGUGACCCCCCCGGGGAUGGCCAGAGAGGACUGGAAGAUCCUACGGGCCAUUUCAGAGCUAGCCGGCGUAACACUUCCCUACGACACUAUCGAUGAGAUCCGUGAAAGACUGGCUCAGGUUUCCCCUAACCUUGUGCGCUACGAUGACGUUGAAGAAGCCAACUAUUUCAAACAGGCAAAUGAACUCGCCAAGGGUGUGAAUCAAACACUCCUCUCAGACCCUCUUGUUCCUCCACAGCUCACAGUGAGAGAUUUCUACAUGACAGAUCCCAUCAGCAGAGCCUCCCAGACCAUGGCCAAAUGUGUCAAGGCCGUGACAGAGGGCGCACAAGCCGUCGAGGAGCCCAACAUCUGCUGA